CGCAUCUUAUCGCUUGGCGUGGUCGUGUGCAAAACCGCAUCAGAACAAAAACAAAAACAUCGGCUAUUUCAUUCAUUCCAAUUUCAUAAAUAUACUGUUGAGUGUCAUUCGACUGCUUUUUAUCUUUGUGGUUAUCAAUAUAUGGGCUAGCGGUUUAAAGUACCUUGUUUCGAUAGCGACUUGAAGUGAAUUGUAGUUUUUCUUUCAUUUGUUUUGAUCAGCAGCUCAGUGAAAAAACACUUGUUAAACGGUUGUGUUAGAUAAAUACUAGUGUGCCAGUGAAGUGCAGUGUGUCCUUGACGAAGAACGUUGAUUUCGAGUCAUUCUACGCCUCCCGGUUCAGAUAGGUGGUGCGAACGUGACUGUGUCGUUUCGUGGAAGUCCAGUAAAUGAUUAAACACACUUCACCCUAUAGAUCUGUAACCGGAAGUCAGACUCGGUGAAAUUAAACAGCAACCUACGAGACUAUAGGAACUUUUAUUUGAGCCUACGUUCGUGGAAAUCGAUCAUAUCAUCUCUGAGCAAAUUGAGUGAGACUCGUGUUAGAGAUUUGGAACCAGUACAGCUGAAGUCGGUUCGUUUACAAUUCAUCACGUUAUAGAACGUUUUCUGAACGAUGGCCAGUUAUCAGAUGGGACCACACACUCACGCCAUCCCGAUGUCGCUGUUUCGUGAAAAUCGGGAGCGGGUAGUUGCGGACUUACGGAAGUUGCGCAACUUCGAGCCUCGUGCCACAAUACUGUUGCAGGGAGGCGAUAACAUUAGCCUGUAUGAUACGGAUGUGGAUUACGUUUUUCGACAGGAAUCUUACUUCACCUAUCUUUUCGGUGUAACGGAACCGGGCUGCUACGGCACCGUAGACGUGGCUUCCAGCAGUGCUACUCUGUAUGUGCCUCGACUACCGGCAGAAUAUGCCGUAUGGAUGGGACCACUGCUGUCGCCAGAGGAUUUCCUGAAAAAGUAUGAGGUCAACGCGGUGUACUACGUGGACGAGAUUGACGCUAAGAUUUCUGAAUUGAACCCAUCCGUAUUGUUAACUUUGUCUGGGCCUAACGCAGAUAGUGGGCUUCAAGCUAAGCCAGCGUAUUUCAAUGGAAUCGAAAAAUUUAUUGUUGAUUCGGAUAUUUUAUUUCCAGUAAUUGCAGAAUGUCGCGUGAUCAAAUCCUCAGCCGAGAUUGAAGUCCUGCGCUAUGUAGCUCGUGUGUCAUCCGAUGCGCAUAAGCAGGUCAUGAAGCAGAUACGUCCGGGUUGGCAUGAGUACCAGGGUGAGUCGGUGUUCCUACAUCAUUCCUAUUCGGUGGGAGGAUGCCGCCACAUGUCGUACACUUGCAUCUGUGGUGCGGGCUCCAAUUCGGCUAUUCUACACUACGGUCACGCUGGAUCCCCCAAUGAUCGCCUGAUUGAGGAUGGCGAUAUGUGCCUUUUCGAUAUGGGGGCCAACUACGGCGGUUACACAUCGGAUAUCACUUGUAGUUUUCCAGUCAACGGAAAGUUCACCGCUGAUCAAAAGAUUAUCUACAAUGCUGUACUGGCGGCAAGAGAUGCUGUGUGUGCUAAUGCCAAGGAAGGCGUUUCCUGGGUUGAAAUGCACCGUUUGGCUAACAGAGUUAUGCUAGCAGAAUUGAAGGAAGGAGGACUAGUACGGGGCGAGGUGGACGACAUGAUGGCUGCCGGAUUGAAUGCUAUUUUCCAACCGCAUGGUUUGGGACAUCUUCUGGGUUUGGACGUUCAUGAUGUCGGUGGUUAUCUGCCCCACUGUCCGGAGCGUCCAGGUGAACCGGGAGUCAACCGACUGCGCAUGGCUCGUACACUCAUAGCCGGGAUGUACGUCACGAUCGAACCUGGCUGUUACUUUAUUGAACCGCUGCUGAACAAAGCAUUUGCGGAUCCCAGCUUGAGCAAAUUUCUUGUGAAAGAUCAGAUUGAACGUUUCCGUAAUUUUGGUGGCGUACGCAUCGAGGAUGAUGUUCUGAUUACCAAAACCGGCAUUGAAAAUUUCACAUUGGUUCCAAGAACCGUUAAAGAAAUUGAAGCUUGGAUGGCACAUUGAUUCGUCCUCCCAAAUGUUUCAGAUACAAACGUUUUAGUAAAGGAAAAAAUAUAUGAUAUUCAAUCCAAUACAGUUUUAAAGCAAUAUAUAAAUAUACGAUUAA